GGUUGGGGGGUGGGGGGGACUUACACAAGUUACUCUGCGCAAGGUCACCAUAUCAGCGCUUCACUUUGAACUUCCUGUUGACUGUCUUCUUUUGGGCACACAAACAUAACAUCAGUCAUGAUGAGGGAGAUUGUCACCAAGCCUCUGGAGUUUGUUUUGAUGAUAACGAUGCACAUGGCCGUCACUGGCCAAGCAGACCAAGCAGAGGUCACAGGGAUCCUUGGCCAAAACGUCACACUCCAGUUCAGGUUUAAUCAAACCAUCAUCACCAAGACGAGCCAUUUUGCAGUUUACAAGACAGGCCCCAAGAAGAUGGCUGAGUGGUUUCCGCAGAAAGGUUGCUCGACAGGUUUUAGUAUUUACUUGGACAAUUCUUCUGCACUUUACCAAAUUACGAACCUCACACACGGUCACACCGGGACCUACUGGGCCACCCUCUUCACGAAAAGCGGACCGGCCAGAAGGAGUUCUUCCGUACGCCUGCUUGUUUUGGAGGAAAACCGCCCUGACACCAUUUCUCACGUAGAAGAAAACAGACAGACAACCAAACACACGCCUAGAACAAGUCAUCUUCCCUUUUCUGGUCCAGUCAUUGCCAUCUUUGUGGUUUCACUUGUCGUCGUGUUUGCAGCGGUGUUCCCCUGUUUAUUCUGGUGUUGUGUCCGAACUCGAGGGACCAAAGAUGGAGCAAUCUUUCGCGCAGACGUCAACGCGGACGGAAACUCACAACCCUCAACACAGGCGCCGCCAGAACCCACCUUUGUGUACAGUCUUCUGGACUUUCCAAAAAGACUACCGACACCUUUGAAGGACAAGCCUACAUUGACAGCAGCCAGGAGGAGAGAUGGGGUUGGAGCUGGAGCCAAAGCACAAGCAAGGACGACGGAGAAAAAGACAAUUGCUGGAAAGCAACUGAGAGACUUACUGAAAAAUAAAACAAUAUUGUAACCCUGAAA